UGUGUCUAGUAAAAGGGACCACUUUGACGAUUCUAGUUUCCGAGUUAUAUGCAUUUUUACAAAAUUUGCCGAAAAUAUGUAAAAUGGAUUUUUGUUACUAAUCGGUUAUUAAUACCUUAAAUAUCAUUUUGUGUAAAAUAAUACCUGUAUAAUUACAAUAUUUCAAUAUCCUAAUAGGUCACGAAGUUUAGUACCAAGGGUACCACUUUAAGGUAAUAUUUUACAGGCGAAAUAUUUUGAUUUAUUUCGAUCGCUGUUAUGCAGGGAAGUGAAAUAAUAAGUUGAGGGUAGGAUAAGGGGGGCGGGGGACGAAGAUUGGGCGGUAAGCGUGGCGCGGCGCGCGCGUCGCUCACUCAGUUAGCUGGCCGGCGCGUACUCGUACGCACAUGUUAGUUGAGCAUUGCCACGCGCCGUAAAACAUCGUGAUUUUUAUCUAUGCGAGCUGCGAAUAUACAUUGUGUUUAAGUACCAAGUUUAUAACGUCACAUUUCAUCAUGGAAGACGAUACUCAAAUUUUGUUUACUGAAUAUGAUGGCGAUCAGCAGCAAACACUACAAACAACAGCUUCACAUUCAGCACAGACAUCGACGACGAAACCAAAAGAUGGAGCUUCUCAUGGAAAAUUGGAGUGUGAUUACGGUCAAUGCACAGACAUAGAUUUAAGAAAUUUUGAACAGGAGUAUUUAAAAUUCAUAAAAAAAAAUUCUGAUGAAGAAAAUCAUGAGCCUCCUAUCGAUGAUAGAUGCGAAAUAACUGGCGUUGAAUUAGUUGUACCAGAAGACCCAUCUCGUAAUUUUUUUUCUGAUACUGACGAUUUUCUCAACCAAUUGGAAAACCAUGAAGAACAACGGAUAUUUAUCGACGGUUGCGGCUGUGCUAUGUCAUGCCAAGAAAAAUUUCCCCGUGAAGCUGUGCUACAGUCCAGAUUAGAAUCACAGGAAAUGAAUACCAAAUGCGACCUAGGCCAUAAUCAUUUAAAUUUGUUUACUAUGGGUGCUCUUAAUGCUCUAACUCGUCAAGGGUCCAAUACUCUUAAAACAAACAAAAACAAAACAAAGGUAAGGAAAGCAGCUCAUACAACUUUUUUUUUUCAAGGCAUAGCUGUUUGUAAGAACUUUUUUCAGUUUGUUUAUGCAUUAGGGGAAAAAAGAUACAAAAAUAUUAAGAGCAAAGUACUUAAAGGAAAUUUAGCAACAGUGUCCUCUCCUCAUAAUUUCACGUUGAUAAGAACCAAUAAUGCCCAGCAAACAAUUGAUGCUGUAUUAUUCAAAAAAUCUUUCUCAGAACAAAAUUCAUUAGUCUUGCCAGGCCGCGUUCCAAGUUUUCAUAAUCCUGACUUACAUAUUUUACCCAGUUCAAUGAAUAAACGAUACGUGUAUGAUAAGUACCAAGAAGCGAGCAAAUUGUCCGAAAGAGAUGCUGUGAGUUUAAGAACUUGGUACAGAUUAUGGCAAACCUAUGCUCCAAAUAUUGUCAUUCAAAAGCCUCGAACGGACCUGUGUACAAAAUGCCAAGAAAAUAUUACAGCUUUAGGUAAAAUGCAAGGCUUAGAUGAAAAUGAAAAGCGCGGAUUGAUUGAAAAAUCGUCCCAACAUUUAGAUUUAGUUCAAACUGAACGUGCCUAUUACAAACAAUUGAUUGACACGUCAGCAGAUGUAUUCGGAAACCGGAAACUAGGGCAAAACCAGCCAUGCUCAUCGCCAGGAAAAAUGCAUUACUCGUUUGAUUUUGCGCAACAGGUACAUUUGCCUCAUAGCUCACAGCAAGUUGGACCUCUUUACUUUUUGGCGGGAUAUAAAAUCGGUUUGUUUGGCAUAGCCGCGGAGCCACUAAAACAAUUUGUGUUAUAUAUCAUCCCAGAAGCUUGCAAUACUGGAAAAGGUUCGAAUACCGUAAUCUCACUCCUAGACCACUUUUUCAAUAAUUUUGGGCUGGGUGAAACAGACGUCAUUUGUCAUGCUGAUAAUUGUAGCGGUCAAAAUAAAAAUAACUUCAUGAUGCAGUACGCAUUAUGGCGUACACUAACGGGGAAACAUAAAUCAUUUCAACUUUCUUUUUUGCCCGUUGGACAUACCAAAUUCGCGCCGGAUUUAUACUUCGGACUAUUUAAAAAAAAGUUCCGUCUUUCCAAUUCAAACACAGCCAGAGAUGUGUUGGAGUGCGCCGUUUCAGCUUGCCAUAAUUCAGACACAGUUACGGCAGUUCUUGUCGGUAAUGAAACUGGUGAUAUAAUGAAUGUGCAUUCAUACAAUUGGGCCGAUUUCUUUAAAAAGAAAUCUCCGCAAAGCGUGACACAGCUGCUCUCUUACAACCAUUUCAAAGCGUCUAUUGAUGAUCCUGGAGUCCUGCAUUGCACCAAAAAGUUUGAUGAUCAAGAUGUUAAAAACGUCGCAGUUUUUAAUUCCACUUGUGAUUUCACACAAAAUGCUAGUCCGACUGUAAUACCUCCUACAAGGCUAUCGUUUGAGCGACAACAGUAUUUGUUCCAAAAAAUUCGUGUCUAUGUUUCCCCUGAGGCUCAAAAUGUCUUGUGUCCAGAACCUAUAAAAAUCGUUGCAAUAAGUGCUAUAGAAGAUCCGUUACUUGACGUCGAAAUGCCGCUCAUAGAUACUGAAUCAGCCACCCCGUCGACGUCGGCGCUCACAGUAGUGGAAAGCCAAAAACGAAAAACACCCAAAUGCGGCUACUGUGGUGAAAUGGGCCACAGAAAUCAAAAAAGGAGUAAUGUAUAUUUUUGUAAAAAAAGAGAACUUGAUGAGCGCCUUGAAUCCAGUUAACUGUAUUUACCAAGUAAAAA